AUGGCGGGCUUUGAGGCCACUGCCCUGGGCAAUUACUAUCUGCCCCGGGCAAAGAUCCAGCCCCCGAGUCUCACACCCACUCUGUCUUGCCUUUCUGUUGCAUCUAUCUGGAGUGACCCGAUUUUUGUACGAGAAGAUUAUUCGGCCUUUGCCGCACAGGUCAAGCAAUCUGUGCGGGACGUGGAAGAGCCGGAGGAGGUCCGACUCCGGCAGGCCCUGCCAGCCCUAGCAGAGCGCCUCGACCAUAUCCGGCAAGAUCUCCAGCAAGGAUUGGGCCACGCCAUCAAGGAAUGGGGCAGUAAAACGCAGUUUCAGCCUCAAGAGAUCAAUGAGUAUCUUCACGAUAUUAUGGGUGGCCGAGUGGUGUUUACCCUACAAGCGGUGAGUCCGGAUGCAACUGAGGCGUUCGUGUUUGCAGUCCAGAGUCCACGACCUAUGCCCGAGUUCGUACCUGUCCCUCCUGCCGCCACAGCCCCUGCCGGUAGCAGUGCGACAUCUACGCAAGAGACAUUUUGA